CAACUCGCGCAGCUUCCGCGGGGCACACCGACAAACCCCAAGCAACUUACGCUAUUGUCAGCAAUUCUAUGCAGGAAUGCUCGAGAUAAACUCUCGAGUCCCUAGUCAGCAUAAAGAAUGAGCGGCGGAAUUGAGGCCGUAUACAUCUUUGACCAGCAUAAUAACCCAAUCCUCGAGCAUGUCUACUACUCCAGGCCAUUGGCAGCUCGAGAUAUUCUUCCUUUGUAUCUUGCUCAUCCCGAGCCUCGCCCGCCUUUAAUAUACCUUCCAAACACCAACCCGCCCACACUGGUCUUCUCCUUAAUUCAUGAUCAGCUUCUCUUCAUCUCGCCCGCUUCCGUUGAUACCGAGCCGCUUUUAGUACUGGAAUUCCUUCAUAGGGUUGUUGAUGUCCUUGAGGAAUUUCUUGGUGCGCCAUUACUAGCCUCUAAGAUUGAAGGGGCUUAUGAUGUUGUCGCGCAGUUGUUUCUGGAGAUGUGUGACGCGGGUACGGUCUGCAAUACUGAACCAAAUGCCCUGAGAGACUUUGUGGAUGUGCCUGGCUGGGUGGGAAAGCUUUUAGGGGGUGUCGGCCUUCCUGUUUCCUCCCCCGCGCUUGGGUCCUCAUCAGGGAGCUUGUCGCUGCAAAGGCAGCACGGUCUUGCUCCCUCUUCGACGUCAACUCCGGCGCUCCCUUGGCGCCGUUCAAAUGUGCGACAUACAUCCAAUGAAAUAUAUGUCGAUAUCGUUGAGACCCUUUCCGUGAUUCUCGCCCCUUCCGGGCGGCCCCUCUCAGCCUUCGCCAACGGCAGUAUUGCUUGCACAGCAAAGGUAUCUGGCGUGCCUGACCUGUUACUCACUCUGACAGCACCUGGUGGAAAGGCAGGGUUGGACAAGACCCUUGAACUUCCCGUCUUUCAUCCCUGCGUUAGAUUAGCCAGGUGGAGAGAACAACCAGGUGUACUGAGCUUCGUACCGCCCGAUGGCCGUUUCAUGCUUGCUGGAUACGAGGUCGAUCUUCUGCCAAAUACAACUGGCAAAGGAAUGAACAGUGCUUCCAGUCUACAUUUACCCGCCUCGGUUGAGAUGAAGACAUCUUUAGGUCUGAAUGGGGCUGAUUUCGAAGCGCGACUGCUCCUGUCUACAAACUUCCCCAGCUCCGCAACUGCGGGCUCGCUCGGCGCUGGAGCUAGAGGCGGCGGUAUCAGCUCACGCCUAGGAAAUUCCUCUCCGGCAUUUGGCGGUUCUUCUAAUCAACCCCUUUUAGAAGCCAUCGUUGUGACCAUCCCAAUACCUUCUAGUGUUCGCAACCUUACUGAUCUCCGCGCAAGCCGUGGCGAGGCACAUUAUUCGCCUGGAGACAAGGCGGUUGAAUGGCGAGUCUCCGCCAAAGAAGCCGUCCUGCCAAACGGAACAGGCGGUGCCACACUUCGUUGCACCGUUGUCGGGCCACUCAGCGAGGACGACGACAAUGAUCUAGAUAGCGGCUUCCGUUUAACCGCAGAUACGGUUGAUUACAAUGAGGAUACUUAUCAGACUUCUUCUCUGGCCAACGCAACAGAUAAUGCUGCGUCUUCCAAGCAAAAUGAGCAGCGCGAUCUGAGGCGAAUACAGCUGAACAAGACACUUAUGCCUUCUUCCGCUGCUGUCUCAUUUACCGUCAAAGGCUGGUUGCCAAGCGGUAUCAGAGUGGACAGUCUUGUUAUAAAUACGAGAACGAGCAAAGGGCUUGGAGAGGGCGUAAAGCCUUACAAGGGUGUGAAAUAUUUGACUGUCAGCAAACAAGGUGUCGAAACUCGUUGUUGAUGAGUUGUAGGUCUCCUCUUGUAGGACUGGUUGCAUUUAGAUGGGCGUUUUAGGGAAUCUCAAAUUGGUUGAGAUUUUGACAAGGUGGAGUCCUGGCAUUCCAUGUAUGCUCUUUUCCAUAUUACGUUCUUAGCAUUUCAUACCACACCAUCCAC